GUGAAGCCAACAUAAUGAUAACAUUUCUUGUCAUCGUGAGCACCGCCCUCGUGUGCUCACACGCCUUCGCUGCAAGGAGCUACUCGGGACUUCCCCUGGGGACGCCACUCGGAGGAUUUUCGCAACACGGCACCCUUCACGGUGGUUUCAUCCCCGGUGGUCUUUAUGACAAUGGUGCGUCCCUUGUCAACCACGGAUUGUCACUGGGACAUUUACCAGGACCGAUAUACAGGGAUGGAGGCUACUUAGACUACGCAUAUAGCAUUGGUGAAAAAAUUGGAAAUCCAUAUGGAAGUGCAAGAUUUCUCAAAUAUUUAUACGGAAACCGCCUAGGCCUUACCAGUUCAUACGGUGGCCUACCAAACGUGAGAGUCGGUGGAAUUAGCGAAGCUGAGGAUGAAAGAUCGUCUGACACUGGGUCAGAGAGCGGGCUUGGUGCUACAAACGAUGCAGAUUUCGUUUCCAACAAUCAAAACUUAGCUUCCACUCAAAAUGGGGUUUCUAGUUUACAUUCCAGUCCUAUUGCUACUUCGGGUGUCUUCCCCUCUGUUGCUGGACCUUAUAAAACCGUUGCUGGUUUAAGCGGAUUCCCUUAUAACAUUCGUCCAUAUAUUUCCGCUGUUGGUUUAGAAAGAUAUCUUUAUGGUCCUGGACCUCUCACCACUAAUUAUGGAUUAGAAGGGUUCUCUUAUGGCGUUGGGCAGCACACUGGCUUGGGAGGACUCCCCUACGGUGUUGCAGGUCAACCUUCUCUUCCUGGUUCGGGAGGUUUCCCUUCCGGUCUUACUCAUGACACUCCUAUUGCGGCUUUAGACCAGCAGUAUAGAUUCCUUUCGAGUGGUGGACCUCGUAUUUCUGUUGGUGCUCUCGGUGGAUUCCCUUAUGGUCUUGAAUCUCAUACUCCUUUUACUGGUUUUACUGGAUUCCCUUAUGGUCUUGAAUCUCAUACUCCUUUUACUGGUUUUACUGGAUUCCCUUCUGGUCUUGAACUUGGCUCUUCUCUUGGUGGAUUCCAUUCAGGUCCUGGACCUUACAAUCCAGUUGCUUAUUUAGAUGGAUCGUUUCCUGAUCUUGGAAUGCACACUACCGGUCUUACUUCAGGCAGAUUCAAUCCCGGUCAAGGACUUUACACUCCUAGAGCUAAUCAGAAGUCAUUCCAUUCCAGCUCUGGAUCUCGUCACUCCAGUAACGCUUCUUCUGAGAACAAGAAUAAAAAAGCCAAGAAAACGGCAAAGAAUUAGUGACUUCUGAAGGCAAACGUGAAGGUUUAUAAACAUACAGCUAUCAUUUUGUGUGAAUAAAACAAAAUUUAU